UUCCUUUCUGAGUUUGUUCCUAGCACAUGCCCCUUCUCUCAGAAGACACUUACAAACCACCUCAUUUCAUCAGCGUUGAGUGUCCUCAGAGUAGAAUCACAUGCCAAAGUUGUGGGCAGAAUUGUAACACUUUAUACCAAUGGCUGGUCAGCUUCAAAUUUCCACCACUUCCAAGGUUUCUCAAUAACUACGGAGUAA